UACAUUGGAACCAUUUAGGAAAAUUAAUGCCAAACUAUUGAAUCGUUUGAUAUGCUGUCAAAGUUAAGAAGCCUAUCCAAUGUGGUGCUUAUCAAGGUGAAGAUCACAAGAGGAAAACGUAUGUGUGUAAACAGUGACUUACUGACUGGGCUACAAGCAAACUCUCUUCAGACAAGUUUGCACAAGACCAUGAAUUGCCUUGACCUAAUAGUGAAUGUAAACACAAGUUAACUGACCAAGACCUGAUACAGCUUGUUGGUCCCAGACUGUUCGAGAGCAUCAACCAGACCUACACUGACAUUUACAUCUCGACUACUGAGGACAUGCGGAGGUGUCCGAGCGAAGGCUGAGACUUCGCUGGUUCGAUCGAGCUGAAGGCCUGAGCAGACAACUUGGAGUGACACAAGUGAGGGUUCCAGUGGAGAGAGAAAGUGCAGACAUCAUACCUUAGAAGGAUGCAAGAAGGAGUUACUGGACUGAUCAAAGAGCUUGACUUGAAGUCGUAUCUGAAUCAGAUGCUUACUGCAAGCGCAUGACCAAAAUGAGAAGAAGUUAUCUGGAAAGAUGGAGGCUGCCAACACAUGGUGUGAAAGAAGUGAAACUACGAGUUUUGUUGGUUCUGACUAGGAGCAUACCCUAGAUAUGAACACACUGAGCCAAUGAUAUGUGGCCACAGAUUGGCCUUAAAAAUCUGGAUGACAAUAUUUACCUUAGUGAUCUUUUAUUUUAAGCUUGGGUUCGAACUGACGUUAGUACAAAUUAUGCACUCUUUACUCUGGAGAGGAGUGAAGUUCAUUUUCUUUUACAUAUUUCUGCCCAAUUUCUGAUUGUUCAUCUACGCUCUUAUACCUCCAGCAGCUGUCCUUGGAGCUGUAGAAACCUACCAGAAUUGGGGACGGUUAAAUAAUAAAGUUUGGCAAGUUUUAUUAUGAUUGUUCUUUGGCUUUGUUGCCUUCCCAGGUACAAGUUAUCUCGUCUACAUUUCAUACUACAGCAGACUCAACUUCCUUCACUCAGUGCUGAUCUUUGAGCUUUGGAUGAUUAUUUAUAUAAUUGGAUUUGCAGUCGCCUGCACGGCAACUUUCUUCAUAGCGAAAUUUCUGUAUAAGGUAUCUAAGACUUGACUUUUGGCUUUAAUCAAAAUGAUUCGCUUGAAAGGAAAUUUUAUUAUCUAUGCAAUUAAAACUCCAUUCCAAAGUUUCAGUUUGCUGAGAUUGUUUGUAAGAAUGAACAGAAGCGAAGAGUCAAGAUACCAAGCAGUGCAGUCUAUUCAAAAAUCUAGAAAAAGGAAAAGCAAUAGAAGAGGCAAGACAAAAACAAGAUAGGAUAUAUUUGUCAGCAAUUAAUUACAAGAUCUUUCAACAUUCUG